GGCGUCGCACCGGUCCCCCAUGAGGCCACUUCCGGUUACUAGGCCGCACUCUUUUUAGCGCCUUUUUCGCGGGUGUCGUCGCCGACCGAGGCCGGGAUGCGUCUCUUCAGGGCCGGGCUCGGCUUCCUGCUUCGUCCGGGGGGCAUCCUCCGUGGGCCGGAGCGACCUUUGUACCAACAGGGCCAGAGCCCCUCGCCCCGCACCCGAGAGUACUUCUACUACGUCGACCACCAGGGCCAGCUUUUCCUGGAUGAUGCCAAAGUCAAGAACUUCAUCACGUGUUUCAAAGAUAAGCAGUUCCUCGUAUUCUUCUUCAAGCAACUCAAGGUGAACCAGAGCGGGCGCUACGAAGACUCCUUCCCCUACCUCUCUCCUUGCGGUCGGGAACACAACUAUAUCCGCUGCGAUGAUCUGCCUGUCGUCUUCACCCACCUCCUCCACGGGGCGUCUAAUGAAGAGCUGUUGUCUUACUGCGGUGGAGCAGAGAAGCUGGCAGUGCCUUUCCAGCCAGAGAAGCUGGUGAUGUUGCCUGAAAAUGGACGCGUCUACCACCCAGGCCCAGAGAAGGCUGGUGGAGUGGGGCUGGUGAAAUCAGCCUUGGCCUUUGAACUAAGUCCCUCUUUCGAGUAUGAGCAGGGACCCGGCCAGCCACCCACCCAUUUUCGUUGGCAGGACAAACGCCAUGCUCUCACCUAUGAGCUGCUGCCAUUAAUUCGAGGCAAAGAGAAAGAGGGGGACUAAGAGGACCACUCCUUGGAAUGGUUGAGUUUGCCAACUGUUGGCCUGUAAUUGUUCCAGAAUAAUUUAGGAGUCCCUGUUACCUGCCUCCAUGGCAAGUGAAGCAGCGCAAGGGAACCUGCUUCCCAGCAUUCCAUGUGCCUUCUCCUUUAUCCAAGCGGAUGGGCUGAUCAAUCCCUGUAAGGCUUCUAUCUAGCACUGGCCACUUUCUUGGAAAUAAUCACAAUAAGAGGUGCUUGGAAUAAAAUGAUUCUGCCUCUUCUGCUGUAGAGUGGUACUGUAUAUGUUCAAGCUGUACAAGGGAUGUGUGCUUCAGAGUUUUUCAUCCAGUUACCUUGGAGACUCAGUGAGUCUAUGUAGCUGUGGUUGUGGAAGGAGUACUACCACAGAAUCAUAGAAUCAGAAUCCUAGACUUGGAAGAUACCCCCAAGAGUCAUCUAGUCCAACCCCAUUUUGCCAUGCUGGAAUACACAAUCAAAGCACCUCUGACAGAGAGAAACUGGGCCAUAUUGCGUGCAACUGAAAAAGUGGAGUGACAGAAAAUUAAUCAGAAGUGUUCCUGCCAAAUCAGAACAGUUAGAAGGUAUGAUGUUGUGGUUUGCUGGUUUUACUUUGUAAAUUGCCUCCAGGUAUUUUGAGAAGAAUAAAGGGCCAUGACAUACCUUGA